AUGGCAGCCACGACGGCGACCCGUCCUCCCUCGCCCAGCUUCCACGCCCACAACAGGCGCCACUACUAUCUCUGUGGCGGUCAUACCCUUUCGUGGGAGGAGCAAUGGUAUACGGAGCCGUUUUUCACCUCUGAUCGCGCCUCCUACGAUAGUGCAGCCUCUACAGGGCCCGUGCAGCCUCCGGAGAGUGUCUACGGGUCGGUAGGGGAAUGUUCAAGGGUGCUGAGCUCACUGAGCACGGAAGGUAUCACUGGCAGUAGCGCAGUAUCGGCUAGUGGGAGCCAGACGGAAGAACCACAGACGACACGAGUGACCACCAGUAUACGGUCAACAUUCACCUCGGACGGAGAGGUGGAGACGACGACGUACCGGUCGGUGAUUACUUCGACUUUAUCAGUCGAAACGGGAUCCAGCGACUCAUCUUCCAUGGAUUCGAGUACUCCCACAGCUGUGGCCACUUCUGCCACGACAGUGUCUACCGCUACCAUACCCUCUGUGGAGCCAUCAGAACAAGUGGCGGGGACGCUCAACACGUGUGCAGGAGAGUGGGAUUGGCAAGGAUGGGGUGCUGUGGCAGGUUUGGGGUCUGGGGUAAUCGUGGGAGGGCUGUUGUGGUUGGCGUGGAUCUUUCUGCGGAGUCGUGUUCCCACAAUCUUCUCACCAAAAUCGUGGUACUCACGUCCAGAUUUGCGACCCUCUGCAACGUGGUCAUUCUUUGCCUUUCUCCUACCAUUCCUUCACCUUCCUUCCAUCGACAAAGCAGGCGCGUCGCCAUCCGAAGGUGACAAUGCCCUACAGGUUUUGCUGGCAGGGCUGAAACUUUCAGCCAUCGCGUCAGUCGUGGCGCUUGCGGUGAUUCUCCCGAUCAUUAUGGCCGGCGUGCCGUGCUUGAGAGACACUUCGCCCCCCAACUCCCUAGGAGGUCGAUUAGGUGCGCUGACUGACAUGUCGCUAGUAAGGCUUUUGAACGCUCUCGACCCAAGUCCAGAUUCUCCCGCCGCAGACACCUUUCUGGCCAUGCUGGUCUCUAUAGGCAAGAAACGAAAUCUACCUUCGACCAUAGCCCCAGCUAUCAGCUCGGCACGAACGCGACUGAUCGUCAUCCUCGUCCUUUUGACCGUCUUGUCUGUCGGUGGAGGACUGUUUGUGGUGACGCGAGCUUACGCUGCGUUGAUGCGAGCCAAAAGAGUGUUUGAAGACGAAACAUGCCAUGGGGUGGAUAUGGUCUGGAUAGAUGUUCAGCGAGCCCAUGGCUGGGCAGGACUAUCCGAGGAGGGGCUCAGGAGGUGGUUCAAGGAAUGGUGGAAGAUCUCUUUCCGAGACAAUAGAGAUCAGGAGUCUGAAGUCGAAGUUUUCGGACUGUUUGCAAUCCCCGAUACGACAGAGCUCAAGAAAGUUGUCGCUAAUAGAGAACAAGUGCUCCUCGAACUUGAGCAACUCGAGACAAGGUACAUCCAUUCCUUUAAACUCUCAGCUCCGUCGUCGACUUCUGGAGGACGUGGACUGGAACCCGUAUGGUCACCAAAAAGUAUCCAUAGCCAGAGUACUCGUGUGGCCGACCAGAUGUCACCGUCUAGUAAGGGAGCAGACUUUCUGGGGCCGAAAGACUCUUACAAAAUCGGCUCUGUCGACAAUCCUCCCUCCGGCGAACGUCUUGAAUUUGACCUCCCUACCACUGUGACUACAGCUCCGACAGGUACCAAAUUUCACGAGCUCAACCGUGAUUCCAUCCUCAUGGGCGGUCGCUUCCAAGUCGGUCAACGCAUCAAGGUCGACGAGCACGGCAACUACGUCCCUGACCCAUCACCUCCAACGUCGUCUGAAAGUGCUGGGCCGGGACUCGGCGAGAGCGACGAUAUGCUCGGCUCUGCGGAAAGUGGAGAUUUUGGGAGGAUACCUACAAGGUCCGCAUCGGGGCACUUUGCGCCCAUGACCACACCUGCCGACAUUGGUGCAAUCAGUCCAAACGAUGCCGACAUCUCAAACUCGUAUUCUGAUCCUGCGUUGCUCGGGCCACAGCCGAGAUCACAUGAGGAAUUUGUUCCACGCCCGGGAUCCUCUGGUCCCCAGGCAUCCUCGCACAGACAUUCGGGUGCACCUUCAACGAUUGCCAAGACGUAUAUGGAAGUGCGCGAACUCCGAUCCAAAUUCAAAGAGCUCAACACCGAGGUCCAAAGGUUGCAAGCUGGCAAGUUUGCAGAUAUUUCACAGAGCACAAAGGGGCAAGAAGGUCAAGUCUCGAGCGCUAUUCUUGGGUGGAUCGUAGUCGGGAGAGGAGUAAAAUGGCUUCAUGGAGCGCACGCGAUUGAAGGUCGGAGCAGAGAAGAUAUCUUGUGGGAUCAACUGGGUCAAACGGGGAGGAAAAGUGAGAUGACGUUCUGGGCAGAAGUGUGUCUACUGGGGUUUCUGUUGAUGGCCAUAUGUGUUCCAUGUCUGGGCCUCGCUGUGGGCACAGCUCCUGGCUUCUCUUACUAUCUAGGGCUAUUCAAACCUCUCGCCAGGAGUGAUGACUUUGGAUCGGGCUUUGUAGAAGGUUUUGUGCCUGUUAUCAUUCUUUCGCUGGCUAUGGGUACAUCUAUAUGGUUUGUUGAGACUUCUGGCCUACAAAGCGACGUUCUGGCUACUAGCAAGUCCUUUUCAGCUGUAGAGUCCAUUUCAUUGACAGCCUUGCAGCUCUGGGUGAUGCUAAUCUGGGUGAUCCUGACGAUUGCUCUGGAAUAUGCAACCCAGAACUUUGUCCUGGGAGUACAGAAAGCUCGAGGGGUCGGGGAUGGUGCUUCAUGGUCCUCUUGGUUCAUCUUUGUGCUCCUGUUGAAUAUCGCUUUCAUCGCUCCCGGGCUGUAUCUGUUGCAAGGAAAGCGAUUACUCAGCUAUCGUCUACGUAAGGGAAAAUCCGUCACUCCCAGGAAACUGUUCAGGCUCAGACAACCUCCGUCUUAUGUCCUCUCAUACGCCAUGGCUCCCUGUCUCCUAGCCGUCUUUUACGCCUCCACCCUUCUUUUCCUCUUCCCCUUACUGGCCAUCCCGAUACUCUUGACUCUCUACCUGUCAUUCAUCGCGAACAGAUACAUGGUAUCGCACGUGUUUAUUGACUCUUCUGGUGGCCAUUUGGGGACACUUGCGGGGCUCUGGACAGUCAGAAGGCUCGGAUGGGUAUUGGCACUUGGGCCCGUUCUCUAUGGUCUGAUCAUGCUGUCGAGGAAUGAGUGGGCCCUCGCGGCAGUCUCUCUAGCUGUUGGGGUAAUCGCCUUCUUAUUGGCUGAAACCCUUACAUCCUGCCGGGUACCCUCACCCAGCUAUAACAAUCUCAAGCCCGAUACACGGCAAGCACUCGACAGAGUGAAAGCCUUCCAGCGAGGUUCAACGACAGACUCUCAUCUGACUAGGGUACCAUCUAGGCAGUCUGAGCUUUCUCUUUUCCGGCGAGUAGCCGCGUUACUUCCGGGAUAUACCAGACUGCCUCCAGAUUGUCCUGUUCCCCUCAAGACGGACAAGGUCGAUGACAUGUUUCAAACCGAGCUUGCCGCCUACUCCACCCCAGACCUCGGGCCAGGGACCAUUGUUUCCUCAGGGCUGUAUCAAGAGACAACCGAGACAAAGGGCCUUGUAUACCCUCCUGAGAUGCUCCAGCCGGUACCACUCAUCUGGCUGCCAUACGACGAGGCGGGGGUCGCAGAGAAUGAGGCGGAGGACUUGGGGGUGCAUCAUGGGCUUGUGGCCAUCGUUGAUCCCGUGGGUAGGGAAAGGGAUCUGGAUGCAAGGAUGAUCCAUAGAAGGGAGAAUAGGAGGGUGUCAGGAGAUGGAGGCGAUGUUGAUUCGCCUUUGCUCAACCAGGAUGGGGAUAGGCGCGAGUGA